AUGUCCCCUACCGACAGCAGAACCAAAGUCCGCCCGCAGCAGUCGUGUCUCAAGUGCCGGGAGCGCAAGGUGAAAUGCGAUCGCUCAAUUCCCUGCCACGCUUGUAUUGCCCGCGGCAUCGAGUCCGAAUGCACCUAUCUCACCACCGCCGAGGACCGCGCGCACAUCAGCCAGGCUGAGAUCAUUGAGCAGCUGCGCCGCGAGGUCCGGCAGCUGCGGGGUCGAUUGGACCAGAGUGCGCGGGCGCCUAUCCAGAACCACAGCCAGAAGCAGAAUCAGAGCCAAAGUCAAAGCCAAAGUCACAAUCAGGACCAGCGACCUUUUGCGCCCACAGAUCAGGGAUAUGGAUACGGGUACGGCGCAAAUACUCAUGCCGGCGCGGCUCUGCCCGACGCCACGGAACACACCUGGCGCGGGUCAUCGCCGUCGUCCUCGACCACGACCAUGACGAACUCCAUGACCGUGACUAGCCCCGAUAGCACUGGCAGCGAGGGCGGCGGGCCCGCUGUGUCUGCGCAGAAUACAUACCCCUUUCCGACGACGGUGACGACGACAACAGCGCCGUACGGACCGCAGGUGGCAGAGAUGGAUGCGCUAGGGUCCGCGCCCGAGUCGUUCCAUAUGCUGGACGACCCGACAAUAUCGGCCUGCUUUUCAGGAGAAGGCAACAUGACGGUCUUUUCCGGCGGGGAGGUGUCCGGGUUGACUACUAUGACCACCGGAGGUCUGACGCUGCAGCCACACAGCGUUGCUGUGCAGGCGCCUCUAUACGGGGCCGACAGCCCGGACUAUGGGACUAACACGCUCCACUCCUACAUGGGCAGCCAAGGCGACUACGCCGCGCGCUACGGGCAGACGACAGCGCUGCCGCGAACAAACGAAGAGGAACAAGUUCAUGCAUACCACCCUAGCGGGCCAUGGGGCCAGGACGCAUAUGCGCCUGGGCUGCCGCCAUCGCAGCAUUCUCCUUCUCCCUAUUCAUCUUCCAGCAUUCCCCUCCACUCCCACCCUAAUACCGUUGCACUCAUUUCUCAAUCUCCCGCCGUCGCUGGCGGCCAUCUCACCCCGGCGAGCAUCCGCGCCUCGCUUUCCAGCCCCGCCCACGCCCCGUCGACCUCCUGGAAGGGGCAGGGCAAACAGGCGCUGUUGGAGACUCUACUUGGCACCAUUGGCAGCUGUGACGAGCAGCAGGUCGCCCAGGUGGUUCAGGUCGUGCGCGCCAGCCCAACACCCGAAGCCGCCGUGUCGGGAGUAUGUCAGGUUUUGGGAAUCGGGGGCGUAGGGUGA